AUGGAAAUAGAUGAGGGACUUGAUUGUAUCUCUGAACCUUCGAAUCGUUCAGGAAGGAAUGUUGAUGUGGAUAUUGAUGUAAAUGCUUUUUUGGUGGAUGAAACAUCAUCGGAUGAUUCAGAUGAAAUUGCUGUGUUUGAUAGUCGAGAUCUAAGCCUUUUGAGUGAUGAAAGAAAAACGUUAUGUGAGGAGAGGAUGCGUAAUUUGUAUAAAACGCUCCGCUACAAUGGAUCGGAAUAUAAAACACGGAGGAAUAUUUACGGGUUUUUAACACUAGACACUGAUUUCUUUGACCAUAUCCAAGAGACGAUCACUGUUGAUUUCAAUGAGGAAAAGAUUGCCGAAGCUGUCAUUGUAUUUCAUGUUAAUAAAAUGGGAAUAAAAGAUGGCGCGGCUAAAAUGGCGGUAUCAGUAUUCGAUUUUAUUGUCCUUUUAAUGGAUUAUAUUUGGAAAGAACGUGACAAAACAGUCGAAAAUUACAGUAUAUCUCGGAUUGCUGGCUACCUUGGCGUGGAUCGUGCUCAUAUGCUUAUUCUUGGCAAUUUGAUAAACAAUGACAUCGCCUUAGCUCCCUCAGAAAUAGCUGUUAAGACUCUUUCUGAGCCGAUUGAGUUAAUUGUGAUGUUGACAAUGUUACUGGCGCAAAUGUAUGGUUGGCCUGUUGCUGAGGAUUUCAAUAUGAAAUGGAAAAGUAUUGAGACAUCUUCUAUAGCAUCCGAUGAAGAAGCUAUGCAAUCUAUGGAUGAUUUUGUAGCCAUUGCGCGCGAAGUAUUGGAAGAUUUCAAAAAUGAUCAGUCAUCUCCUCUUUGCCGACACAUAAAUGAUGAUUGUAUCAAUGAUUUAGUGAUGAUAUCAAGCGAACUGACAAAAUAUGCUAGUAAUCUUCUCAAUGAACUGCGAAAUUUGUCCUCACCGAAUGAAAGUAUAUCGCAAGGGAAUAUUUUAACUCAAGACCGGAUAAAUCAAGCAGAGAUAUUGGUAAAUGAGCAUUGUGCAAAUAUGACGGAGAAAUCGGUGAUUGAUUCGCAGAAGAAUGAUCAAAAAUUUUCAGCUAUAACUAGUGAAGAAGUGAGUGUUGUCAAUGUGACUCACAAUGAACAUAUAGAAAGGAAUUACGUCAUUAUCAGUGAUCCCGUCAAUAUUAGUGAUAUUCCGAAUGGAUCCUUCUGUUUAGCUCGUCAACAGAAAGCAUAUAAUUUCGUUCGUUGCCAGAUUGUUGAGAAGGUAUCUCCGCGUGAAUACAACGUACUGUUUGGUGAUGGUUAUGAGGAAAUAAUUGAUAUAUCGCGUAUAGCUCGUAAAAUAGAGGGUCAUUUGCAUAUGUGGGAAGGUGUACGCGUAUGUGCUUUAUAUGAACCAAAACUUCAGUUUGGUCGGUAUCGGAAAGCAUUUUAUUCAGGAAUAGUAGGUGUAGGACCACAUGGAUUCUCGCGAAAUGAAAUGCUGAUAUUUUUUGAUAAUGGCAUUGAUAGUUUCGUUCACGAACGUACAGUUUAUAUUCUUGCGGAACAGAAGUGUAGACUUCACAAUUACAAAGAAGAAAUAGAUCGUCGCAACAACUGGUGUCUAGUACCACAGUUUCGACAAAAGUUUGUUAAACAUUAUUUGAAGAAUUUUCCGGAUUGGCCACUUGUACCGAUGAAACGUAAGGAAAACACACAACGUGUAAACAUUCUCCGAGAGGGUAGACCUCAUUCUGCAUAUGUUUUGCGAACUGAAAGACAAUUCGCAUUACUACGUUUUCCAAUUCGUGGCAGAUUUGGUGCAGAUUGUGUGGUAACCCCAUGCAUUCGUCACAGACAUAUAGAUGAAUGGAUUUAUCGUGGCUCAGAAAGAUUAGAAGCAAUUCGUCAAACAAUUGAUAGAUUGGAAAAAGUCGAGCAACAAGAAAAAAUGGGAGUUAAGGUUCCAGUGCGUUCCAGGCGGGAAGCACGAUUAGCUCACAGUUUAGGAUACAAAUUUUCAUUGCCGGGACAAAAUAUCUCAGAUACGAAUCUAAGCAAAAAGGUGGAGCUUUGUCCGCGUGGUCGAGCUCUACUAAGUGAUAGUGAACAGAUUUAUAUCAGGCGUCAAACGGCUCGAAAAGGAGGAAUACUAGGCGUGCAGCAUGAGAAUGAUUUUCAAGAUUAUUCAGUUAUUGAAGGAAGAGUACCUCGUUUACGCAAAGAGAAGAACCUUUUUGUACAAGAUAUACCGGAAUGGAACAACUUGCAACAAGUCGUCCACUCACAUUGUACGAUCAGGUGUUUACAGUGCCUAGAUAAAGAUCCAUAUGACAAAGAAUUUGGCGGUUGCUCUCCUUAUAUGAUUCCUCUACUAGUGGGUUGGUCACGUGAAAUUGUAACAUUCACGAGAAGGGCUAAAGUAGCUCAUUCUCGUAAAGCUACUGGUUCUGCUGUGGUUUAUCGUACACCAUGUGGAAUCUCUAUCUACAAUUUGAAUCAGAUUACGAAAUAUUUGAAAGAUACAUCUAGCCGCUUAACCAUUGAUUUGUUCACAUUUGAUCGAACAAUUCGUCCGAAUAUAAUUUAUCGAACACCGGUUAAAGCUAAGCUAGUGGAUGAUUUUACAAAUGGUUAUGAAGCUAUCCCAAUUUCUGUUUAUAAUGAAAUUGAUGAUGAAUUACCACCAAAAGUUGAAUAUGAUCCACGACGAUAUCCAUACGAUAAGGAGACAGACAUAUCAUCCAUAUCACUUGAUUUUUGUAGUGGAUGUACCUGCACUGACGAUUGUGCGGAUGAGACCCGGUGUGAGUGUCGUUUAUUAACUCGCUCAGAAGUACUACGUCUGGAUAAAAGUCUUCAACCCUCAUUUGCUAAAGGAUAUAUGUAUCGUAAUUUGGCACUUGGAGGAGCUGAUGAAUCUUACUUGUCAGGUUUAUAUGAAUGUAAUGAAAAAUGUGGAUGCAGUCGGAGUAACUGUCAUAAUCGAGUGGUGCAACAAGAGAUGAAAAUUCCUCUUGAGUUGUUUAAAACAGAAAAAAUGGGUUGGGGUGUUCGAUCGAUGAUUGAUAUUCCACCUGGAGUUUUCUUAUGUACUUACGCUGGUGCUAUUCUUACGGACAGUCAAGCGGAAAAGGAAGGCAAGGCGUUCGGUGACGAAUAUUUUGCCGAUGUAAAUUUGGUAGAUAACGUUGAAAAGGAGAAGCAUAAUGCUGGUGUUGAUUUGGGAGAUUCAAAUGACGGCUAUUAUUCAGAUGACGAAAAUAAUUGUGGUGGUGGGCCUAAUUUAUCACUCGAGAGUGGAUUGAUUACUACUGAUGAAGAUUCGUCUGAGGAAGACGACGAUUAUGAUAGUGGCCAAGAUUCGUCGUUCUCUUCAGAAGGAAAUCAUUCCGAAACUAGAACUGUCAAAACUCAGAAACGUCGGAAACUUAUGCAAGAAGGUGAUGAAGAACAACAGAAUUCUUCAAUAAGGGAAUCAGAAAAGAAUGAAUUAGCAGCAGCGGAUUUGGAUUAUGCUCGUUCAUCACUUGUUAUGGCGGAAUCAGACUUUGCAGGUGGGACGAAAUCAGACAAUGAUGAUAUGCCGGCAGUUGAACCAGCAGGUCCACCCGAAGGUCGUUUCGAUAUGAUAAGAUACGUUGAAAACAUGGAACUUCCAUCAUUGUACACAAUUGAUGCAAAGAAAAAGGGUAAUAUUGGACGAUUUUUUAAUCACAGCUGUCAACCCAACAUUCGUGCUCAAUUGGUAUAUGUUGAUACUCAUGAUUUUCGAUUACCUUGGAUUGCAUUUUUUACGACAACAAAGAUCUCUGCGGGUUCAGAACUGUUUUGGGAUUAUGGUUAUUCGGAAGGUACUGUAGAUGGAAAGCAGCUUGAAUGCUUUUGCGGAUCACGUACUUGUCGCAAGCGACUUCUCUAAAGCUCUUUGCUGCUUGAUAAAUGAUUUUUCCAAUGUCUCGUUGAGCUAC